AUGGAAAAAAUAUCGGAAGCAAGUCCUAUAAAAGCAGGUGUGUAUUUAAAUAUAAUAAAACUGAAAACACCCGCUUCAAGAUGAAGCUGUCAAUGCAUGUGGUAUCAUGAAAAUCAUAUCGUGCACGAAAACAUUGAUCCUUGUACUUCUCUUUACAUAGCCCUAUUAUUGCACGUCUCAUACUACAUAGAGAGAUUUUGCCGGGGAGGGGGGGGGGCGGUUGGGAGGGUGCCAAAAAUUUAGGGGGGAGUGAGCAAUGUAACACCUCCAAAAAGUUCCUUGUUCUUAGUCUUAUUUACUUCAAAAUCUAUAUUUUAAUUGUAGUUCUGUUUAUUUAAUUGUAGUUUUUUUCACAGGUGUGUGCAAAUUUCUCUAGGUGGAAUGGGAAUAAUUUUUUGGUGGGGACACCCUACGUCGAAUUUUGGUCACGUCGAAUGCAAUUAAGACAAAGAUGAGAUGAUAAACCUCAUUAAACUUCAUUGUCUAUUGUUUGAAUUGCAUUCGAAGCGACCGAAAUUCGACGUAUAAAACAGGCCUAUGGUAUCAUAUAAGUCGCAUGACAUUUUGUCCUGUAUAUUUAAUGUAGGUGUUGAAGAGGGCAAAGAUAUUUUGUGCUUUGUGCACAAUGUAUCACCAGUGAAACAGAGCCAGAAAACCGCAUACUUCACAGCUCAAUUACAAACAUCGAAUGAUCUUGUUCGUGCUGUUUCUUUCUCACCCAAGAGAAGAAGCGAGUUGUGUAAAUAUGAAAAUGCAAAGUCGCCUGUCAAGGUUUCAAAGUUCAAAAUGAGUGCAAGGAAAGGCUAUGGUAAUGAUGUAAUUAUCAACAAUUACACGUCAGUCACACCAGCAUCCAGUGAGUCAAUUACAUUUAAGUAUCAGCCAAUGGUCACUUCUGCUGUUGCAACGAUAUCCUCUUUGCAAAAUCUUUCACUGGAGCAACUUGUCAGCGUACAUGCCAAAGUUUUGGAGCUGUCUUCAGUAAAAGUUCUUCAUACUGCCCAUGGCCCAUUAAAGAAACAGGAAGGUGUUCUUGUGGAUGAAACAAGUUCGAUAAAUAUAAUAUUGUGGGAGAGUGAAGUUGAAAAACUGGAAGAGGGGCAAACAUACAUAUUAAGCAAUCUUCGCCUAAAAGAGAGUCAUGGAGAAAAAUAUGUCAAUACACCCAAAACUGGUGAAUUUAAGUUUGAAGCUGGAGAGGAGUUGAAAGAUCUUGCUGAAGCAGAUAGUCUUCCAUUAGAAAUUAUUUCCACAAUUUCAGCAGAUAUUGUUGGUAUCGCCAGUAUCACAAAAUCCCUCUCGUGUAUGGGAUGUAAGGGAAAGGUAGUUGCUGAAGAUGAUUUCCUGGGUGUUUGCUCUACAUGUAAAAUGAAACAAAAAAUUUUUAUGUUGUCGAGCAAACUGGUUUGCAAACAUUCUUGUACAAAACAGAGAAGAUUCCUCCAAGAAUAUUCGUAUAGCUGUAUUCAAUGCACAAUUCCUGAAGCUAACAAGCCUGACAAGCUUGCCAGUAAGUCUAGCACGUGCUAG